AUUUGUGGGCUCUGGGUGUCUUCUGCCUGCUUGUACCACAUGGCAGCAGCAGGCCUCUGAAGUAGUGACUAUUGUGAGCAGUUAAUUUCUUCUGGUAUAUGUUGGCCAACUUUUAAGAGUUAUUAAUUGAGUUAUAAAAGUUUAUAAACGUUGAAAAAUGAGGAAAGCAAAGACUGCAUUGGUCCAAAAGCAAUUCUUAUUGCUUUAACUGGAGUUUUAAACUAGCACCAUAAAUUCACGCAACAAUCUGAAGAGUCUAGCAUUUAGUAAUUAUUGAUAACCUUAUAAUAAUGGUAUGUCAUGGGCACCAAGAGCCUACUGAAUAGUGUAAAAAGCAGAUGAUGUAGAAGAAAAGGAACAAAAAAGGCAAAUACUGUGUAACUGAGAGGUUAGAAUCAGAAAUAACUUGAUAUUUCAAAUACCUAGAGAAGAACUGCCCAGAUGGAGGUAUGAUGUGCAACACAGGUGUUUUACCAUAAGAACACUGAUCUGUUCUGUAGUCCUUUACAUUGUGAGCCAACUUCUAUAAACAGGGUUGAAGUGGCCCAUAGGCUGGGAACAGGGAAAGCAGGCAGGAAAGCAAAGGCCUGCUAUUAAGAUAUGUGGGCUAUUCAUAAGAAUACCGAGACACUGUAUUUAAUAUUUUAGUUGUUUAAGUCUGUUUUAAAGAUUGAUUUGUUUGUCUACUUAUUUUAUAUAUGGGCAUUUUGUCUGCACACCAGAAGAGAGUAUCAGGUCCAAUAUAAUCGCAGUUAAAAGAUUUCGAGCCACCAUGUGGAUGCUGGGAAUUGAACUCAGGACCUCUGGAAGAACAGCCUAUUUUCUUAACAGCUGAGCCAUCUUCCCAGCCCCCAGUUGUUUAAAUACUGUGAAGAGACACAUACCAUGACCAAGGUUAGGGCUGGUGUAUAGUUUCAGAGGUUCAGUCCAUUAUCAUCAUGACAGAAAGCAUGGCAGCGUGCAAGUAGACAUGGUGCUGGAGGAACUUGAGUUCUACAUCUGGAUCAGCAGGCAGCAGGAAUCAAAUGGCUUGAGCUUCUGAGACCUCAAAGCCCACUCCCUAGUUAUGGACCUCCAACAAAGGGGUACCGGUGCACAGCACACCUCCUAGCAGUGCCACCUCCAUGCACCUGUGGGGGGGGGGGGGUUAAUUCAAGCCACAACUAUUAAAGUUAAUUUCGUAAAAUGUCCCAAAGCAAUUAAAAUUUUCAUUUCAGAGUUGUGCCACAUAAAUAUAGGAGUGUGCAGGAAAUUCCAGAGACUGCCAUGGCCCUGUCUCAUUCGCCUUUCAAGGUUCUAGCUCUGUAGUUUGGGGAGACCAUGGCUUCUCCGUAGUGGACUAGGAAUAGUAGGCCGGAGGGGUUUUGUUUUUUUUUUCUUUUUAUGUUUAGAAUUUUUUUUGAUUCCCAAGGAAACAGUAUAAUUAACAGUGGACUCUACUGCUUGACACUCGAGCAUAAAAAGCAUAUUUAGAAUUAUGGUUUGUUUCCAUGUUAAAAAAAAGAAAGAAAACGAAGAAGAAGCCCAUCUUCCAAACGUGUUGUCCGAGGGGCUCUAACACAGGAACCAAUGGAAUUUUACACAAGGAGGAACUCUGAUAAAUGAGCAUAGCCAGGGAGUUUUGGCUUUAGAUGAAAAACUGCAGUGUCCUGUGUGGAUGCUCUGUUUUGCUUUGCUUUGUUUUGUUUUGGUUUGGUUUGGUUUGGUUUGAUUUGAUUUGAUUUGAUUUGAUUAUAAUGUAUGGCUUUCUUUGUCAGCAAGAUAAGCUUAGUUUUACAUAACCUUUACCUUCAACUCUGGACUACCCUUCACUGCUAGCUGAUUCCACUCCUUUCACAGUUCAUUGUGGCACUGUUUGUGGUGGGGUCCACUGUUAAAUGUGAGGUAGUCAGCUGCUUGACAUUAUUGGUAAAGGGAAGGGACCUGGGUGCGGAGGCAGGUUGCUUUAUAUGCUGAAAAAUGUCAGUCAGCAGACAGGAAAAGGACCUUCUGAAUGAAAAGAGGACAGCCACUUUCCUGUUCUAGGUUGGAGUCUUGUGGUAGGUUUUUGUUUGCUUGUCUCUUUGUUUGGGGGCUGUGGUUGCAUCCUACCCUGCCUGUAGGCUUCCAGUAGUGCUCCAGGAUUUUGACAAUGCUAGGUACACUGUUGUGUACAGUGCAGAGCUCAGCUGUCCUGGAUAGCUGUGAGCAUUGUACUGGGGUGGUCCGGGCCACCUUCUCCAGGCGUGCCGUGUCACACAGUUUACCAUUAUACUUUUCAUCGGAGCCUUUUUGAAGAAUUAAGAACACAUGUUGAGGAUUUCCUGGUCACGUCAGUAUUAAGCCACAGGAUAGUGCCAAGGUUAUGGACUAGUGGCUUUGUGCUAAACUGCUAAAAAAGUCCCCAGUCCCAUCCUGCUUUGGGAAGCUCUGUUCUAAGUUGUGUUUCUGUUCCUAGAAUUUAGUGCUGUCAGCACAUCAACACUGUAUAAACACAAACUAACAGGAAGUAAGACACAAACGGAACCUCCACAAACCAUGUUUCUCAGUCAUAUAAAACCAAUUUGCAAAUUAACUCUGUGGCAACAUAUUUGGGUGUAGUUUUCUGUAUAUUCUAUACUGGUUGAGGCUAAAAAUAGAAUCAGUUCCUCAAACUAGAAAUCAUUUACGUCACAACAUUGACAUCUUCUUAUUCAUUUGUGCCAAGUGUCAGUUGCUUUCCUACUGUUUCUCUGUAGGAUUCCCAGUCCUGGGAUGGUGUCUACACUGCAUGUGGAAUGUGGGAAGGAUCAUGCUAGCUUCAUUUGCUGUAUGAUCCUGUUUAAACAGGCAAUCGAAUGCCCGUUAAAGCUUUUCUGCCAGAAGGUCAAUUUUUUAAAUAAAUUCAAUAAAUUUAAUUUUUUAAAAAAAUUUCCGUAUGAGCCGGGCAGUGGUGGCGCACACCUUUAAUCCCAGCACUUGGAAGGCAGAGGCAGGAGGAUUUCUGAGUUUGAGGCCAGCCUGAUCUACAGAGUGGGCUCCAGGAUAGCCAGGCCUACACAGAGAAACCCUGUCUUGAAGAAAAAAAAAAAAAAAGAAAGAAAAAAAAUCCAUAUGUAAUAUUUCUUUUUUGUGGUUCAUGUUCACAUGUAUGUGUGUAUGCAUGUAAUUGUGUCUAAUCAUACAUGUGGAGACCAGAGGACAACCUCAGGUGCUAUUCCUCAGCUGUAGUCCACACCUCUCUCCCUCUCUCCUCUCACUCCCCUCUCUCUCUCUCUCUCUCUCUCUCUCCCCUCUUUCUCCCUCUCUCCCUCUCUCCAUCUUUCCCUCUCUCUCUCCCUCUCUCCCUCUCUCCAUCUUUCCCUCUCUCUCUCUCCCUCUCUCCUCUCUCCCUCUCUUCCUCUCUCUCUCUGUCUCCUGUAUUUUUUUUAAAAAGAUGGUCUUUCACUGACCUGAACUAUGAAAUACUAAUCAGUUAACUAACUAGUUAAUUAUUUAAUUCAAUCUGUGUGGAGUAAGAUGACCAGUCAUUGAGCCUCAAGCAGUCAGCCCUCCCGUGACUCCCCAGUAGUGGUACUGAAAGCAUUUGCUUGCCUUCCUUUACAUGGGUUCUAGGGAUCAAACUCAGGUCUUCAUGCUUAUAAGGCAAGCACUAUGCAGCCCUUUCUAUGUGUCAUGUAUGUAAUUGACCAUAGCACUUCCUUGAAUCCUUCUCUUCCUGGAGCAAUCAAGCCUCUUUGCUUCCUAUUUACUGUAUCUCUCAUUGCAUAUUUGAAUAAUAAAACUGGUGGAUUGAUGCUCGUCAUGUUUUCCUGUGGGGCUUGAUACAGAGGGACUGUUAUUAAUAUUCCCUCUUUCCCUUUCUUUCCAAGUAGGGCUGCAUAAAAUAAGGGAUUACAGGAACAGCCGUUGUUAGGUAGUAUCACUCAGACAAACCAAAGUGCUCAUUUCAAGGACUACUUAGCUCAAAUCGGCUUUCUGAGCAUAUUCCUUUGCAGAGGGUCCCAGAUAGUGUUAUUAGUGUCAUUGCAUGCACACUACUAUGUUGUGACAGUGGGUGGUUGUUUUCAAAAGAGUGUGGGUCAGGCAGUAGUAGUCGAAUGACAUUAGUAAGAUUAUUAAUUAGCCAGAAUGAUGAUCUGGUGAGAAAAUAAAUAUUCUGAAUCAUUUGAGAAAGAAACUUGUAUACAGGUAUUUUUAUUUGUAUGUAUAUAUGUAAGAAUGUUUAUGGAGAAAUCUGGUAGUGUUCUUUUCUUUGUUUUUAAGCUUCCAAACAAUAUUUCUCUUGGAUAUUUUUUAACAUUGAAGAUUGAAACAUACUACAUACCUAGAUGGCUGUGUGCCCUUUAUCUCUAGAUCACUAGGAGAACUGCCAUAGGUUUUAGGAAGAAGAUGUCAAAAGAUAAUCUUUGAAGAUGGAGCCAAUUUCAGGAUGUGAUUUGCAGGAGGCAAUUGUUUGUUUUAGAAUCUAGGCUGUAUACGAGGCCAGAGUGAUCAUGUUCUUGAGUAGCUAAAUAAGCCUUAUCUAAAAGGAGGGAGGCUACACCAAGGCUCAGUGCAAGAGUAACGAAGCAGGAUCAGGGCCUUCCAUCUUAGAUGGGAUGAGCUUGUAAUUAUUUUUGGAAAGUGUUCAUACAGACAUGCUUAUGGAGUCGGCUUGUUUUUACCAAGAUCCUUCACGCUCACCCAGUGGCCUUCUACACUGCUGGUGCUCUAUGAAGUUGUUUGUUUAUCAGCAGACCAAGGCUUACCUGUGAGUGACAAGCCAAGCUCUUAACAGAUCAAUCUUUCCCUUUGUCAAUGGCUUUAAUAAGUGGUGUGAUAACAUCUGAUAAAUUGUUUUUAUUGAUGUACUUUUUUAAAGUGUAUGAAGGGUCCCCUGGCAUUGUUUUAGAAAUAUAAUUAUGUGUGUAGGUAUAUUCAAGAAGGGCUAUACACCAAAUCAUUGAUUAUGGUAUGUCUGAGCAAGAUUAUGAACUUACUUUCUGGUCGUCUUUUUGCUAGACAUAUUCAUUUAUUUUAUAGAUCACAGGCCCUCAUGCUUGUUAGGGAAGCUCCACCCAUUGCCCUCCACCUCUAGUGUACUAAUGCUAUCAGCUGUACAACUAGGCUUCACUGCGGCAUUUCUGUAAAACAUACAUUGUGUUUUGAAUGUGUCUAUCCUCCUUAUUUAUUCUUACCCAUUCUUUUCUUCCUUCCUAUUUCUCUAUACUUGCAUCUCUCCUCCCACUCCAUUCCCUUCCCUUAGUGGACUCUCUUCUACUUACAAGUUGUGUUUUAAAAUCUGUCUUGCUUAUUUCACUCAGCAUAAUCUCCAGUUUCAUUUAUUGUCUUGCAUAUAACUUAUCAUUUUUUGUGAUUGAAUAGGAUUCCUUUAUGCAUUUAUGCCAUAGUUUCUUUAUACUUCUGUCUUAGGAUUUCUAGUGCUAUGAAGAGACACUAUGAUCACAGCAACUCUUAUGAAGAAAAUUAUUUUAUUGGGACUGGCUUACAGUUCAGAAGUUUAGUCCCCGUCAUCCUGAGGGAACAUUGUGGAACUCAGACAGAUAUGGGACUGUGGAGGUGGCUGAGAGUUCUGUAUCUAAAUCAGUAGACAGCAGGAAGAAAGUGUGACACUGGACCUAGCUUGAGCACCUUGAGACCUCAAAGCCCAUCCCUAGAGAUACGUUUUGUCCUACAAUGCCGUAGUACUCCUGCAAGGUCACACCCACUAGUAUUAGUAUCACUCCCUAUGAACCUGGGGGGAGGGGGCAUUUUUUUCAAACCACCACAGCUUCCAUCUCCUAGUGGGCACCUAGGUUUACUUCAUAACUUAAUUACUACAAAUAAUACUCCAGUAAACAUGGACGCACAAAUAUCUCUGUAGUAUGAUUAGAUUUUUCCAUUUUCUUGAGGACCAUCCCUACCAACUUUCACAGUGACUCAACUCAUUCCCGUUCUCACCAGCAGUGCAUAGGGCUUUUUCUCCCACAUUCUCAUCAGCAUUAGAAAUUGUUUGCUUUGCUUGUUUGUUUGUUUGAUAAUAGCCAAUCUGAUUGGGUUGGAAAUCUCAAAGUAUGUGAGGUUGGCAUUCCUUUCUGACCAAAAAAAUUGAAAAGUUUUUCAUCUAUUUAUUGGCCAUCUGUUCUUCUCUUGAGAUGUAUUUGUUCAGAUGUUACUUUUUAGCUGGGUGAUUAGUUUUCUCCUGAUUAAGUUGUGCUAAUUGUCAUAUGUUCUAGAUAGUCAUUACCGCUGCUUGGUAACUGUCCCUGUCUAUAUGCCAUCUCUUCACUUGCUCAUUUUCUUUGUGGUGCUGAGUCUAGCAAUCAUUGGGCACAAGUUUUUGUCUGUUGUUGGAAUUAUUUUUCUAGCAUUGAUUCCUUUGAUUAGAAUUAUUAGGUCACAGGUUAUCACUAGCUUUUAAGUACUUGAACCCAUUGCCAAGUAAACUUACAUUCCAAGCAAUGCACAUUCAUUUAGCCCAGCUGUGUACAAACAACCUCAGUCAUUGUUUUCCCUGCCAACCAUUAUUUUUCAGGGUCUUUAACUAUUAGAGAUUUUGAAAAUUUUAUUAUCCUCAUCUAGAUCUGCCUUUGUGGUGUGUCUGAUACAAUUCUUUGCUCAGGGCAGCUUUUAAUGUAAUAGAAGCCAGGCCAGUGAAGACUGACCACCUGAUAUUUAUUGUCACUUUGAACACAAAUUAUUGCUGCCUAUUACUGAGUAGCCUGAAGCCUUUUUACUAAUACUGCCUAAAUCUGGGAUAAUUAUUCCUGUUCUCAAGAAGAUACUCUAUAGGAGGCCAAGUGAGCCAAGUAGAGGUUGAAGUGUAUCAGGAGUGACUGCGUGUUGACUGCGUUUGCAGAUCACGUCCCGGGGAUGUGAGUCCAUCCAAACCCAUCAGUUCUGCUUCUAGACCUACCAGUGACUGACCGUGUCCACUUAGUGUCAGGCUUCAAUAAAGAUGAGAGGAAAGCUGAUUAGAACAGAUUAAGUGAAUUCAUUUCUCAGGCAUCUGUAGGUGCAAAGACAACAGUGCUAAAUAGUCUGUGUUUCAGAAUGGGUACAUUGAUAUUUUAGCCUGUAGUGGGGAGAUAGGUUGUUCCAUAGACUUAUAUCUCUUCCCUGUUGUUUUAUCUGUUAUUUUAUAAUACAAAAGAAACUGCUCCUCGUGGGACCCUUUGGAUUUAGCAUCAUCUUUUCAUGUUAGUUUCCCAGUUUGAAACUGUGGUAGCUAAGUAGACUUUCCCUUGCAGCGAUUCAGGUUUGUUUUGUUUUCAUCUAUCAAUAUGCACAUAGUUGUCACAAAAUCAGUUAGCCUUCAAGGUCUUGGCUUCGUGCUUCUUAAACAUUUCCUGUGAAACACGUAUUUGGUCCAGAGGCUGUGGGAUGCCUGUGCAUAGGUACUGCAUGUGGCAGCAGUGAUUGGCCUGCAUUUGACUUCAGCACAUGAAAUUACCUCUAGAAAUAGAAGUUUGAAGGAUUAUAGCAUGUCCAGGAAUUAACCAGUGAAUUUAAAGCAAGAAUAUGCUUGAGAAUAUUCCCUACCGUGCCAUGCUGUAUGAUAUUCCCUGUCUGCUGUAUGGUAUUCCCUAUCUGCUGUAUGAUAUUCCCUAUCUGCUGUAUGGUAUUCCCUAUCCUGCCAUGCUGUAUGUUCUUUCUUUGUGGGGAUUUAAAAAGACCAAAAAAAUUUUUUUGGCCAUGUUGGUCUUGAGUCAAAGCAAGAUGCAGGAUGAAGGCUCCCACCUGCUCCCCUGGCUACCUGCUCACCCCUGGCUCUAUCAGAAUUAGGGGCCUCUCUCAGCUGUGCACAGCCAGUACCUUCUCCACACUGGAUAGUGUUUCAUUCAGUUGUCUUUUCUAUAAAAAAAAAAAAAAAGACUUAUUUGAGUUUUAGUUAUGGGAGGUUGUGUGUGUGUGUGUGUGUGUGUGUGUGUGUAUGCACGAGCAUGCACGGAAGCCAGUAAGCCACCUGAUAAUAGGUAUGGAGAACCAAGCUCUGAUCCUGUGGGAGAGCAGUGAGCCUUAACUACGGAGCCAUCUCUCCAGUCCUUGUUUUCUAUUAACAAUUUUAUUUUUGAUCAUUCUCGAGUCUUUUAGUGCCAUCGCAAGACUUCCUGUCCUUCUGCCCUUUGCCUUGUUUUCCUGAUACUGCCCUAUUAGGUGCUGAGUUGCGGAGGUUUGUGUUCAUAAAAGAUUCGUUAUCUUCUUGUCUACUGUUUCAUCUGACUUAGCCAAGGUUGUCUUUUAUGGUCUCUUUCUUUCUCUCUCUCUCCCUCUCCCUCUCUCUCCUUUUCACUUUCCCUUCCUGUAGGAACAAAGCUGGUGGCUUCCAUAUCUAUUUCCUGUGGCAUCCUUGCUGCUUAGAGCAAGCAGUAUUGCAGGGGUUGAAGAAAGCUAAAAAGUCACAUUGUUCAUAAACUUGCAAGAUCCUGAGCUGACAACUGAAACAUGCCCCUUUCCUUUAUUAGGGGAGAGUGGGUUAUUGGUAAUGAUAGCACUGGAUACCAGAAACACAGGCUGUAUUACAACCUGCUAGGGGUCUUGGCACAGGUGUGGGAGAUUCUGGGAUGUGCAUCCUAUACCACUUUGUAGUGCAGGAAAGUGUUAGAUACAUCUAUCAGCACAAAACAUAGAAGAAUAAAGUAUAUUGCUGGUAUGUGAAGGCUCCUAUUGAAAUAUAAGUACUGAGAGUGCUGACUGCCAGAAUGUGGAUUUAUGGGAAAUAAAGCCCUAAAAUACUUUCUCCAACAACAACAAAAAUAUAGACCUCUUGGAAACAGCUUUUCCUCUCUGUGUACUUAGCUCCCAUUGAGCUUAAAUUGCUCUCAGUAUUGGGAUAAUGACAAUUCGAUAAUACAGGAUGUGGAAGACAAACCAAAUAAAUUAACCAGCUGCUUUUAAGGCUAGUUCGUUCAAUGACUUAUCCCUAAAAUGCUUUGUAGAACACUCGUGCUCAGUAGGUCUCUAGGCAGGUUUAUGACUAGGAGAAAGAAAUGGAUUUUAUUAAAUGUCAGUGAAAUCAGGGCAGAUAGCUUUGUGGUACUUAAAUUAGUGCAGAAUGUGUGUAAGAAAAGUCAUUUAUAUUUUUCUAAAUCAUCAGUGCAGAACUUUCUUUGGCAUUUCUGCUAGAAAACAUGUUUCUACUCAAAAUUCCCAUAGAUUAGUAUAAAUUCGUAAAUGGAAAGUGCACCAGUUGAUAAUGGUCUCCUUCAUGAAGUGCUGUGUCCCCUAGAGCAAGCCCCACAGAAGGACAAUGACUGGCAGACAUGUGAAGUUGAAUACCAUGUAAAGCUUAGAAGCCCAAACUCGUGUGUUAGGAAUAAGGGCAGGGGAAGAGGCUUGAAAGGAACUGCUGAGGAACCGGGGACACGAUGCAAGGGAAGAGCUGCUUAGGUGCAGAGAGCCAGAGAAAAGAAUGCCAUCACGUCUAGAGAGCCAAAGAGAACACGUCUGUGUCCUCAUUGAAAAGAUCAUCAGCUACUUACAUGGAGCAAGGGAAGUCUGACAUUAAAAGGAGUUUUCAAAAUUGUGAUAAGCUUUGUAAAAGUUACAUGUUCUGCCCUUGAGGAAUGGGCAGUAGCCUGCCGUUGUGGGAGCUGGAAAUGAGCUAAAUAGAGUCCCUUUUGACAGAGAUGUGUUAACUGUAUCCAUGUAUACAGUAUAGUCUUUGAAACAUUAGGAAAUACAGGUUGGUUAUACAAGCCAUUAUAUAGCUCUACCAGUUGCAAACACAUUAUCUAUUAACAAUGAGAGGAGUACUAAGAGUAGCUCUCAGGCAGCCUACUUCCUAUCUCCCUGUUCAUCUUGCCCAAAUGCCUAGCAAAGUAAAAGGUGUGGUCCUUUCUCUAGCAGGUAGAAGGAAGGAAGCUCAGAUGAUAGCCAGACCCAGUGAAGAGGGUACCUUAACCGGACCUUGGUGCUGUGAUUGGACCAACAGGAUUGUAAAGCAUAUACCAGGACCAAGCAAUUGGAGAGACAUGACUUACAGAAGAAUGCUUGCUUCUUUACAGAUAAUUCAUUUUUAUUUACAAAAAGUAGUAGUGAUGUGUUUAAAACUAUUGUUUUGAGAACCAUCCAAAGACAAAUCACAUUUAAAUUAUAGUGGUAAAUAGUUUAAAAUGUUUCCUUCAUUUAGUGAAGUUAGCUUGUUUACUUUUUUGGGUUUCAGCCUGGUUCUGUUUUUCCAGUGCCUGGGACUUUCUGUCUUUACGAAACCCUCACUGAGGAUCUUUGCUCUCCCUGUUGCGUGUUACACAGAUGCUACAGGUCUGAACCAAAGCUGACAUGGACUGACAUCUGAGUUCUGGUCUCCUUCCUUCUCUUCCUGCCAGAACUCCUGGAAGCAGAACAGGACAAAGGGAAGCUAGGACCCUGCUGGCCUCAGUUUCCUCUGCUGCUGCUGUUUGAACGGACCUGGAUGAACAGAUGGAAGUCUUCUGUGCUACACGAAGGGGAAGGAAACAUAAGGAGUGUGAAGUGGAGAGGCCAUCUGAUUGCUUGGGCCAACAAUAUGGGUGUGAAGGUUUUUGACAUCACCUCAAAGCAAAGAAUCAGCAAUGUGCCCCGAGAUGACAUAAGUCUUCGCCCAGACAUGUACCCCUGCAGCCUCUGCUGGAAGGACAAUGUGACACUCAUUAUUGGCUGGGGAACUUCCAUCAAGAUAUGCUCAGUGAAGGAACGCCACGCCAGUGAGAUGAGGGAUCUGCCAAGCCGAUAUGUUGAGAUAGUGUCUCAGUUUGAAACUGAAUUCUACAUUAGUGGACUUGCACCUCUCUGUGAUCAGCUUGUUGUACUUUCCUACGUAAAGGAGGUUUCAGAAAAAACGGAAAGAGAAUACUGUGCAAGACCUAGACUGGACAUCAUCCAGCCACUUCCGGAGACUUGUGAAGAGAUCUCCUCCGAUGCUUUGACAGUCAGAGGCUUUCAGGAGAAUGAAUGUAGGGAUUACCACUUAGAAUACUCCGAGGGGGAAUCACUCUUCUAUGUCGUGAGUCCAAGAGAUGUCGUCGUAGCCAAGGAACGAGACCAGGAUGAUCACAUCGAUUGGCUCCUUGAGAAGAAGAAAUAUGAAGAAGCUUUGAUGGCUGCUGAAAUUAGCCAAAGGAACAUUAAACGACAUAAGAUUCUGGAUAUUGGGUUGGCAUAUGUAAACCACCUGGUGGAGAGAGGAGAGUACGACAUGGCUGCAAGAAAAUGCCAGAAAAUUCUUGGGAAAAAUGCAUCCCUCUGGGAAUACGAAGUUUACAAAUUUAAAGAAAUUGGGCAGCUUAAAGCAAUUAGUCCCUAUUUACCUCGAGGGGACCCAGUUCUGAAACCACUCAUCUAUGAAAUGAUUUUGCACGAAUUUCUGGAAAGUGACUAUGAGGGCUUUGCCACAUUGAUCAGAGAGUGGCCUGGAGAUCUAUAUAACAAUUCCGUGAUAGUUCAGGCAGUUCGAGACCACCUGAAGAAGGACAGUCAGAACAAAACGUUAUUGAAAACACUGGCAGAAUUGUACACCUAUGACAAAAAUUAUGGCAAUGCUCUGGAAAUAUACUUAACGUUAAGACAUAAAGAUGUUUUCCAACUGAUACACAAGCAUAAUCUUUUCAGCUCCAUCAAGGAUAAAAUUGUGUUAUUAAUGGAUUUUGAUUCAGAGAAAGCUGUUGACAUGCUUUUGGACAAUGAAGAUAAAAUUUCAAUUAAAAAAGUGGUAGAAGAAUUAGAAGACAGACCAGAACUGCAGCAUGUGUAUUUGCACAAGCUCUUCAAGAGAGACCAUCAUAAGGGACAGCGCUACCAUGAAAAGCAGAUCAGUCUGUAUGCCGAGUAUGACCGACCAAACCUGCUUCCCUUUCUCCGAGACAGUACCCAUUGCCCACUUGAAAAGGCACUUGAGAUCUGUCAACAAAGAAACUUUGUAGAAGAGACAGUUUACCUUCUGAGCCGAAUGGGAAACAGUAGAAGUGCCCUCAAGAUGAUUAUGGAGGAAUUGCAUGAUGUUGAUAAAGCAAUUGAGUUUGCCAAGGAACAAGAUGAUGGAGAGCUCUGGGAAGAUCUGAUUCUAUACUCCAUCGACAAACCACCAUUUAUCACUGGCUUGUUGAACAACAUUGGCACACAUGUGGACCCGAUUCUACUUAUCCACCGAAUUAAGGAAGGAAUGGAGAUUCCCAAUUUGAGAGAUUCCUUGGUUAAAAUUCUGCAAGAUUAUAACUUGCAGAUUCUGCUUCGAGAAGGCUGCAAGAAAAUCCUCGUAGCUGACUCAUUGUCGUUGCUGAAAAAAAUGCACCGAACCCAAAUGAAAGGCGUUCUGGUUGAUGAAGAGAAUAUCUGUGAAUCAUGCCUUUCUCCCAUCCUCCCAACAGAUGCAGCGAAGCCCUUCAGCGUGGUGGUCUUCCACUGCCGGCACAUGUUCCACAAGGAGUGCCUGCCUAUGCCGAGCAUGAAUGCUCCUGCACAAUACUGCAACAUCUGUAGUGCUAAGAACCGUGGGCCUGGAAGUGCCAUCCUGGAGAUGAAGAAGUAGGCCUGCCUGCCUGCCCACCCUUUGCCACUCUCCACUGAGUGACUGCUGGACCACAGCAGCUGUGUCAACGCCAGUGCUGUUGAGUGACGUGUUCAGGGCUCCUCGGAGCUCCCCGUCAGUUGUUUUCUCCAGACCUUCCUUCCAGAAGCUGCUCCUUGUCACCGAUGGAGAAGUCGAAGCUCUUCCCAUGCCAUGAAAUAUUGCAUUGCUAAUCAGUAUUUCAUGAUUUGUUUAUUUGGCUUAUUUAGUUAGCAAAAGAGUUCAAAGUGACUUCGUUAUACCCUAGUUACACCCACCAGGCAUGAACUGCACUACUGAGAACACUGCCAGCUACAGUCGGCCAAAAGUUCUGCUGGUAACAGUUCUGGCAUGCCUGGCUACACUGUUUGUCAUCAGCUGUGGGUAGCCUCCUAAAGCGCAUUUAGAGGUAAAAAUUAAAAUUAAAGGUAAAAUGCUGAGAACUGACACUCCUUCAGUGACAUGUGGGAAGACCAUUAGCUGGGGUACUAUAGCCUUAUGUUUGCUACCUACGCGCUGACUAGCUCAGUUAUCUGCCCCAUCAGGUCAUCAAUAUUUGUUGAAUGAAUAAAUGUUGCCCUUCUCAUUGUGAA